ACCUGUCAACCCUCUGCAACUAAAUGCGCCCCCUCUCUUUUUUUUCUUCCUUUUUCCAGUAGGAGAGAGAAGAAGAGAGUUGAUUUUGUUAAAAAUACAGAUACUUUCCAAGGGUUUUAGGCAUUAUUUCAUGGUUAACAAUGCGCACCAAACUCUCGCACAUCCCAAAUUCCCAACACUCAUCUCUAGUUGUUUCUUCCAUCCUUUCCAUAAAUCCCACUAAUUCCUAGGCCGAUUUAUGGAUCCGAUUUUGUAACCUGCACCUCCCUGUCUCCAUCCCUUUUCCUUGGUUUUCUGUAAAACGGAGUCGUUUACAUGGACCCUUGUCCGUUUGUUCGGCUUACCGUCGGGAACCUUGCGCUGAAAGUUCCGGUAGCAGCGAAAGCAGCGCGCACAGUAAUCCACCCAACAACCUCCCCAUGCUUUUGUAAAAUCAAACUCAAGGGUUUCCCAAUUCAAACCGCCUACAUUCCUUCGGAAAACAACUCUCCAGAUGGCAACCACCACCACCACCCUCAAACCACCUUCAUCACCGCUGCGACCUUCCAUUUAAGCAAGGAUGACCUCAACAAACUCGCGGGGAAAUCAAUAUUCGCUGGGAAACUGGUUUUGAAGAUAUCUAUAUUUACCGGAAAAACAGGGGCUACCUGUGGUCUGAAAAACUCAGGAAGAUUGCUAGGGAAGCUUUGUGUGCCUUUGGAACUUAAGGGGGCUGAAUCAAAGGCUGUCAUUUUUCAUAACGGGUGGAUUUCUGUUGGGAAGGAAUCGCAGUUUCAUGUUAAUGUGAGGGCUGAUCCUGAUCCUAGGUUUGUAUUUCAGUUUGACGGUGAGCCGGAGUGUAGUCCUCUGGUUUUUCAGAUCAAAGGGAAUAUUCGUCAGCCUGUUUUUACUUGCAAUUUUAGCUUCCGUACCACCUCCUCUCACCACCAUCACCGUUCAAGAUCAUCGGAGCAAGGGAGUGGAAGAGGGUGGUUGAGUUCGUUUGGAAGCGAAAGGGAAAGAACCGGGAAAGAGAGAAAAGGGUGGUCAGUGACGGUUCAUGACUUAUCCGGUUCACCGGUUGCGGCCGCAUCAAUGGUAACCCCAUUCGUAGCGUCUCCUGGUUCAGAUAGAGUGAGCCGGUCUAACCCUGGUUCAUGGCUUAUACUUAGACCGGGGGAGGGAACUUGGAAGCCGUGGGGCCGGCUGGAGGCAUGGAGGGAGAGAGGAGCUCAUGACGGGCUCGGGUAUCGGUUCGAGUUGAUUCCAGACAUGAGCGCUAAUUCAGGGGUAGGGGUGGUCUUAGCUGAGUCAACUCUUAACACAGCUAAAGGUGGAACAUUCUCAAUUGACUUAGGUUGUAAUCACUUCAAUAAUAAUCAUAAUGGAAGUGGUUCUAACAGGGGGAGUCAACGUAGUUGUAGUUCCAGUUCACCCGGGUGCAGUCCAAGGAGAGGUAGUGGUGAUAUUGGGAUGGGUUUUGUGAUGGCAGCUCGUGUGGAAGGGGAAGGGAAGUGUAGUAAGCCGACAGUGGAGGUAAGCGUGCAGCACGUCACCUGCACGGAGGAUGCAGCAGCGUAUGUAGCGCUUGCCGCUGCAGUUGAUCUUAGCAUUGAUGCUUGUAGGCUUUUCUCUCAAAAGCUUAGGAAGGAGCUUUGUCAUACUAAUGAUCUGGGUAGCUGACACUAUUGCUUUAUUUUUACCAAGUUUUGAGUAAGGGAUCGAAUUUGUACUCCGUCGACUAUUUUAGAUGGUUAAGCACUUAAUUACUGCAUCAUGAUUAGCAAUUACUGACCGGUUUUGGGGAGGAGGGGAAAUUGUGUAUAGUAGGGAAUAUAUUUUAGGAGAAGAUAAAACAACAAGGUUAAAAAUAUUUUCCUUCUUUAAUUUGUGUUGUGGUUUGUGUGGAUAUUUCAAAGAAAUGGAAGAAAAAUGGGCAAUUAGCCCCUGAAUGGCAGGGUUCUUGGAAGAAGCGGAAUGGCUAAUAGAGACUAUGCCUAUGAAGCCAAAUGAUGUAGUUUGGGGUGCACCUUUUGUGGAUGUAUGAUUCAUAGGAAUCCCGAGAUUGCUUGUUAUGCAGCGGAAAAUCUCAUAAUGGAGCUUGACCAAGAGGAAAUCAUGGAGUAUCUUGUAUCGGUGUCAAAUGUAUAUGCCAUGGCCAGAAGAUGGAGAGAGGUGGCUAAUGUACGGGAGAAGAUGGUUGAAAUGGGUUCGAAAAAUAGUAAAAGCAGGAGUUGGGUGCAAUUAAAUGAAGCAGUCAACGAAUUCAUGGCUGGGGAUAUUACUCAUAGACAUAUCUCAUUGAUUUAUGAGACGCUUGAUAGACUCACUAGUGAAGUCAGAUAUGUAGCCAAUGAUCAUGACACGAGUGAGGAGUUAAUUGACUUGUUGGAGAUGGAAUUCUUCUGCUGUUGAAUUGCUUCUGCUGUUAAUUGACAAAAUGUGGAUUCAAGGAUUCAGGGCUAUUGCUUCUGCUUCAAAAAUGUUGUAUGAUCAAAUUGUGUGCUGUACUCUGCAAAUUGUGUUUUCAAGGGAUAUUGAGAAGAAAAGAGAGUGAAUCUGUGUGGUUCAAUGAAUUGCUUUCUUUUCAGAGCAUUCAUUGUAGCUGUGCAAACAUAAUCCUGAGAUGAAUUCAGUGCCAAAAUAAUCCGAGUCCUACAUGCGUUUUUAAAGCAGUUGCUGGAGGUAAAUCUGCAGAAAUCUUCUUCUUUUAUAUGGAAGUUUUACUCUGCUUUCUAGCUAGCUAACCUGAAAAAGGGGUGUGAAAAAAGUGUGAGCAUGUACAGUAAAAAACUCUUUAUGUGUAUCUAAAAUAUUACUACCAGAUAUCCAUUAAUCUUUUUCAUUUUA